AAUCAGAAAAGUUAACAGAUGAAGAAGUCAAUAUAAAAAAGAAAUUCAAUGAUGCUGAUAGUAUAAUCAAAGAAAUAUCAAUGAAAUCACUAAAAUCUUUAUCAGCGAAUCAAAAUAAAUAUUAUAGUACACGAAUCGAUGUACAAAAUAUAACCAAUAGGCUUAAAGGAUCUAGUCAAUCUAGUCAGUUUUAUUCGGGUUCAACGGUUGUUUCCUUAACUAGCGAUUUAUUACAACCAACUCCAAUGCAAACACCAAAGUCAGAAUUUUCUAACUUUUCUUUAAAUGAAGAAAAAUCACCUAAGAACUUUGAAGGAUCUAGUCAAUCUAGUCAACGUAACCAGUUUUAUUCAGGUUCAACGCUUGUACUCUCAACUAGCGAUUUAUCACAAUUGAUCCCAACGCCAAAGUCGGAACAUUUUAAAUUUUCUUCAGAUGAAGAAAAAUCAACAAAAAACUUUAAAGCACCUACAAAGAUCAAACAAAUAAAAGUAGAUAGUUAG